GUAAAGUGUCAUGGUUCCGGUGAAUGGAAAUAUCCAUCGCGCACACAAAACACAAGUAGCCUCGACUUGCAUACGGAUACGUGCAACCUUCCUGCACGAUCCCGUAGACUCCCCGAUGGAGGAACGAGAGGGCUGAAUCCGAGGCGGAAAUAUGCCCGGGCGAUCACCGGCCAGGGCUUACGAGCGGCCCAUUGCGAGCGCGGGCCGCAAGCGAGCCGCUACUUGAAUGUCACCGCCGGAGGGCGCGGGAUGGGCGAAUCCUGGCUCUCGGUCUUACUCGCUGCCACGCUGACAACGAUGACGAUGACAGCGGUAACGAAAGCCGAUCAUCCAUCUUCGACGCCGUCGCUGUCGACGAUCGCUCGUGACGAUAUCAUCGAUUCCAAACGGGCGGCCAUCGAGGAAGCGCUGGACGUGAUAGAGGCUGCAUCGACGGGUUCCCUGGGCGAGGUGUGCGUACCUUCCGCGGGAUUUAAAUCACUUCCGGUUGGUGUCGCCCUGGAUUCCAGACGUUAUGACACGGCACGUCAGAAGACCGACAUGACCGCGAUGAUGCUCCAAAAUCUCGGGGCUGCAGAGGCGAUGCGACGUAACGCUCUUUUAGAUGCCCUGACGAAGUCGCUGCUCGUGUCGGUGGACGACGCUCUCGAAGCGAGGGUGAUCGCGCUGAACGCCUCCACCGGCACGGUGAUCACCUCGGUCUGGCUGAAGCGCAGCCCUGGAAGCGUAGGCGAACCCUCCAAGGUCGAGAGUCACGCGCUACAACCUGGAUCGCAGCCGGACUCCAAUAAUUUACCCUGGUUCGAGAGCGCGGGCAGCAGUGCCGAAUUAAGGUCACCGAAAUUCAUGCAGUCACCGCCGAUUGAAUCCUACAGGGGUUGGUGGACCAUCCCGUACUUCUCUUGCCAGACUCGCCGCUGGCUCAUCUCGUACAGCGUCAAUGUCAAGUCGCCGGAUGUUCAUCCCGGGGUGCGAGAAUUCAUCAGCAUAGAUAUUGAUAUAAGCGGCUUGGAGGUCAACCAAUGCGACGUAUCGCCGCAAAAUCGCAAUGACGAGCUCGAAAAUCUCUCCAGCAAUCAAAUAGCCUUCUUCAGGGGCACCCACAAGUGUCAUACCGACACUACGCAAUGCGUGUAUCAGGGUCCUGGCAGCCGAGUGAACGAAAAUGGAGUGGGUGCUGGUUGGGCGAAAGGCGCAUACGUGUGUAAAUGUCGACAAGGCUUUUACAGUACUACCCAUUAUCGGACGGGUUUCGACGGGAUUCUCGUGGAAGCCGCGUGGAAGGAAAUGGAAGAGAAUAAGAGCGACUCUUAUGAGAGGGUAUUUCGAUGUCUGCGCUGUGCACCAGGAUGUGCCAGAUGCAAAGGCCCCGAGCUUUGCCUGGCAACAUACAAUUGGCCCUUUAGAAUCACGCUGCUGGCUGUUUCAAUUUUUUGUGCGUUUGGCACCAUCGUCCUGGUAGCCUAUAUGUACCAGCACCGUAAACUGAAAGUAUUCAAGGUUGCUUCGCCAAUAUUCCUAUCCAUCACGCUCCUGGGCUGCGCCUUGAUGUAUCUCGAGAUGGCCGCUAUAUUCCCGGUUCUCGAUAUGUAUUCCUGCAUCGCCACAAAGUGGACAAGGCAUAUGGGUUUCUGCGUUUCGUAUACGGCGUUGUUAAUGAAAACUUGGCGAGUUUCGCUCACGUAUCGGGUGAAGAGUGCCCAUAAAGUUAAACUGACGGACAAACAGUUGUUGCAAUGGAUGGUGCCUAUACUGUUAGUGAUGUUGAUUUUUCUCGGAACGUGGACUGUCAGUUCGCCGCCUUACGCGGAAGUAAUUACGGAUAAUCACGACUUGAAGUUUUAUCAGUGUUCGUAUAACUGGUGGGAUCACAGCCUGGCUAUCGGUGAAAUUCUGUUUCUCGCCUGGGGCAUUAAGGUGUGUUACAACGUGCGAAACGCGGAGAGUCUGUUUAACGAGGCCCGUUUGAUAAGUUACGCCAUUUACAAUAUAGCUGCAGUGAACAUAACGAUGAUAGCCAUUCACCUCUUCAUAUUUCCGCGUGCCGGGCCGGAUAUCAAAUAUCUGCUAGGCUUCCUGCGGACUCAACUCUCGACGUCUGUUACGGUCUUCCUUGUAUUCGGCCCUAAAGUGAUCAGAGUGUUGCGAGGCCAGGGAGAUCAGUGGGACAGUCGAGCGAGAGCGCGAGGUGUGACCGCGAGCUUCUCUUUAAAUGGGAUCGGUUUGGUACCAGAAGAGACGACGGAUUUAUACCAAGAAAAUGAAGAGCUUAAGGAGGAGAUCCAAAAAUUGGCCGCGCGAAUCGAAUUUAUGAAGAUAGUGCACAUGGAGGUGCACAACAGGCACCUCAAGCCAAAGAUGGGUGGUUACUUCAGCACUCACGGUCACGGUCACGGGCAUCCAUCCACCGGGCAGAGUCCCAUCGCCAAGAGUUCGACAGCCAGUUUUAUCCUCAAACAGACGGCUGUGGAGCGAGGUGCAACGGCAGCCGCAGCCGCGGCAGUCGAGGAUUCGACCUUCCCGUCCGGAAGUCUGCACAGAGCCCGAAGGAUGGAGAUGUUGAGGGAGAGGAAAGCGGAAAGGGAACGGGAACGUGAAAAGGAGCGAAACAAGGACAAGGAGCAGAAGGAGAAAUCGCGAGAAUCGGGCGGCGAGAAGGUUUGACUAGUGAUCAAUAGCGAGGAGGUGUGGUUGUGACGAAGACAGUGUUCCGACGAAAGCGAGAAAACGAAAAAAAUCUUAUAUCCAAGGAAGAGGAGGAGGAAGAAAAAAUUGGAAAAAUUCAGGUUGUAUCCUCUAAAGGACAGGAGACUGCCCGUAUUUGUAUAAAACGCCAUAUAAUCAAAAUACCAUCGCGUUCACUGUCUUCGCGCCAUUGUGAUAGCGAUAUCUUGUGGUCAUUACUCUAGAUGUACAAUAUAUACAUAUAUCUUGAAAUUAUAAAAUCUCUAUCGAAUCGAACGCACGAAAAAAAGCGAAAGGCGACAUGGCAUAUAUUGUUAUAUAUUAAAUUUCAACAAUAUUUUCUCUUUCCGAUAUAAAAAAUAUUCUGGAAACGUAAAAGGGAUGUCAGCGCGCCAAAUUGUAUUUAUGCAAAAUAGAUGUGUUUCGUUGAAAAUUAUUAGACGGGGCAGAAACGAAAAAGAAAACUGACAAAAUACCGAGCUGUCACAAAUGCACAAAGAAUGCACAGGCGACUCGUCGUCGCUUCAACGGUACAAUUUCGCUUUUCGCAAGUGUGAUGUGUCGCUUCGUCGCGAGCAUUCGAUAGAAUUGUAAUUUAAAAAAAAAAAAAAAAAAAAAAAACGCGCGUGUGUUCUUAAGUUUCCCUUAUUGGAAAAAAUCGUUUACGUCCGUUUUGCGCGCGCGCGCUUUUGCCAAAAGCACAGAAUCGCUGAGAUCUUCCUCGAUAUUAUAAGGACAAAGCGGGAGGACAGAGGAAUCCCUUCUCUUAAAUGUUACAUAAGCGUCGUGUUCUCGGGUUUUAAAAUAGCACCGUUUCUCAGGCAACUUUAUCAUGCCGGAGUAUAAGAAACAUCUCGUCUAACUCUCGAAAGAUAUACAAAUACCACAGUUUGAAUGUAAAUGUUAAUUUAAGCGGUAAUAAUAUAUUAUAUAUAUAUAUAUUAUAUAUAUAAUACGAGUAAAAUAGGCGCGUACUUUUCCGACACUUGGACACUCGACAGGCUUGACCAAUAAGUGAUGAAUGUACGGGAUUUCUUUCCUUAAUUUCAUCUACGAAUCAUGUAUUCGAUGCGAGAUGUAACUCUUCUUCGUGAUCUUCAUUGCUCUCUCAUUUAUAUUACUCUUCUUAUUUUAUUUAAUUUGAAACACAUUUCGCUCUCGUUUUCAUAGUGAUUUCAAGCAUAGAGUUGCAUUUAAAAUUGCAAACAACCGAGCGAUAACUAUUCGUAACAAAGAUUGUAUAAAUGUUAACACAUAAAUGUGACAAUAAAGUUGCACAGCGGGCUGUAAAAGAGUAUCAACUUUGCUGACGAUCGUAAAAGUGCUCGUCUGCGGCUCGUAUAAGAAGAAGAAGAAGAAGAAGAGCUAAAUCAAAACGAGAAGAGAGCUAAAAAGAAUGUUAGAGAUUUAUAGGAAAAAAAUUGUGCGGUAAAGCGAUUAAUGAGACCUUUGCCUUGUUGGUUUACACUUUUUUAAGAGCUUACGUUUUCACGAUAGAAUGCUGUUAUUGUAGAUCGCGUAAAGUCGUGUGUUGACAACGACCGACAGAUUAUGCUGUUCGUGUCUAAGAUAUUUAUCGUUAGUAAUACCGUUGUUGUUGAAUAUAUGUGACUGGAUGGAAUGGAGAUGAUGAGUGACGCAAAUAAUGCGCGUGCGUUAAUUAAUUACAAGUACAACGUAGGUAUAUAUUCGACUGAUGAAAAAUUUUGGUUGAAUUAGUGAAAGCUCUGCGCGAGACUCACAUUGUGAAUCGUAUGGAUCGGUUAUUUCCUUAUUGCAAACGUCACAUUGCGACAUUCUUAUCUUGAAAAUGCAAAACGACUCUUCACAAUCCGUUUAAUUAACGAUGAACUUUGAACAAUAGUCGUUUCCGUUUUAUUGGAAUAAUUUUCAGAGUAGAUAUAUAUGUAUGUACAUCCACUCCGUUUUAUCGGAAUAAUUUUCAAUAGAAUUAUAUUUAGUCGCGCGAAUAUAUAUAUAUAUAUAUAUUUGCACGACGUAGAUAUAAAUUUUAAUGAUUUUUUUGCACACUUUUGCGUUUUAUUCAAAUACGUUAAGGACAUACGAAAGUAUCGAUUCGCCGAGCGGAUUGUCAAUUGGUAAGUAAACGCGAUGAGUCAAUUUCGAGGAUCAUCACGAAUCGCACGGAAGCUUGACCUCGAGCCGGAAAUCGAUUCAUUGGAGAAAGAGAGAGAGAGAGAGAGAGAGAGAGAACGCGUGUCGCGUAUAGGAUAAUAUACAUAUGUAUAUCCACAAGAAGAUUUUCACACACAUAACAUUCACGUUUCUCCGAUUAAGUACAAAUGACAACAUUGACAACGCGAUAACGAUCCCGUUGCGUUGCCUUAUGUGCGCUCGAUGUAAAUCGUAAAAUGCGCUAUAUAGCUUGUGUGACGCGCGCGAUUAAUAGCUCGUGAUAAUAGAUCGUAAGAGAUGAAUCUGCUUUCGGUGUUGUGUGAAAAAUCCGCUUUGUUUACAAGUGAGAGGAAAGAAAGGCAGAGAGCGACUAGUCUUCGCGAAUUCGAGCCAUGUAAGAGACCCUAUCUGUAAACAGCGUUAUUUUUUCGAUAUAAAGGAGACGAGAGGCUUACGAUCGGAUAAAUCAAAUAUAAAUCAAGUAUCAAGCGCAAAUGCGAGAGAAAAAAUUCCCAUCCCUGCCCCGCCGAACAAAUAAAAAAAAACAUAUGUAGAACCGGACACAUAUUUGUAAAAAGAUAUACUGUGUAUGUCAGUGAAUACAAUAACCUUGGAGGCUAAUAAUGUAAUAAUGAGA